UAAAAAGGGACAAAUGCAGGUGAAAAUUAAGUAUACACUUUGUGCACACAUCGCCAAAUCAUCCCCGUUUUUAACGCUUCCCAAGUCUUGCAUCCUUUUAUUAAAUUCAGAGGCUACGGUUUAUGCUUUACUUUCCGAUAUAAACGCGGUUCCGCUGAUGCAAGAGACCUAGCAAAUCAACAUUCCGCUGGCUGUAGCAAACACAAAUUGGUCCUGUAGUUACAUAGUCGCAAACAUGGCAGCUCCUGUGGUGCUUCUUCUUUUAGCUGCGGGCUCUUUCUAUGGACGAGCUGCAGCAGAAAAAGAGCUAGUUUAUGUCACUGUGUUGUUUCGGCACGGUGACCGAUCACCAAUCGGAGCCUAUCCUAAUGACCCGUACCAGGAAAGCGCCUGGCCACAAGGUUUUGGACAGUUAUCGCAGGAUGGGAUGAGGCAACACUAUGAGCUGGGCCAGUUUCUAAGGAAGCGAUACAACGGAUUUCUCAACAAAUCCUAUGACAGACAUGAGAUCUUGGUUCGCAGUACAGACUAUGAUCGCACCCUGAUGAGCGCUGAGGCCAACCUGGCAGGUCUGUACCCCCCCAGCGAUCAGCAGAUCUUCACAAAGGGCGUGAAGUGGCAGCCAAUACCUGUACACACCGUGCCGCAAAGUGAAGAUAGGCUUCUCUUAUUUCCUCUAGGAGACUGUCCUCGCUACGCACAGCUGUUGAAUGAAACAAAGCACACAGAGGAGUUUAUUAAUGUCACCAUUGCAAAUCAGGACCUUAUAGAGCUGGUGAGGAAUAAAUCGGGAUGGAAUAAGACCACUGUGGAGACAGCCUGGGGCCUGUAUGACACACUCUUCUGUGAGUCCCGUCACAACAAGUCUGCUCCUGACUGGGUGACUCCUAAUGUGAUGAAGAGGCUCCAAGUGCUCAAGGACUUUGGAUUUCAGAUCGUAUUUGGGGUCUACAAACGACAAGAGAAGAGUCGGCUACAGGGAGGUCUCCUUCUGGGUGAAAUAGUGAAGAAUCUUUCGAGGAUGGCCGUCCCAGACCCGAAACAGAGACUGAAAAUGAUGAUGUUGUCAGCGCACGACAGCACUGUAACUGCUCUUCAGGCCAGUUUGGAUGUGUUUAACGGAAGACAGCCACCUUACGCCUCCUGUCACAUAUUUGAGCUUUACAGAGAUGCCAACAGCUCUGCUUCGGUGUUGAUGUUUUACCGGAACGACAGCUCAGUGGAUCCGUACCCUCUGCAGUUACCAGGUUGCACCCUUGACUGCCCCCUAGAAGAGUUUGUGAAAAUUACCAAGCUUUCGAUUUCAGACGACAGGGACAAAGAGUGCCAAAUUCCUUCACAGGGGAAAGAUAAAGGAGUGAUCAUUGGUCUGGUGGUAUCCAGCUGCCUGCUCUUCCUCUUCAUCUCGCUUCUCCUUGGCAUUCUCUGUUGGCAGAAGGAGCCACACACCAACCAGGGAUAUCACCAUGUGAUCAACCAAGAAGCUGGAGAGGAAUCCUGACAGAAGCGCAGACUUCUUCCUCAGAGAUCUACAGGCCUCACCUCUUGGGUUGGCAGCGAUGACGAUGAACUCUAAAUUAACUGUGGUUCGGGACCAGAAUUAUUUUUUUUCCCACAGGGAAUUUCCAAAAUGACCCAGUUUAUAGGUUGAAAGGGAAGAACUUAAACAUUUUAUAUUGAUAUUUUAGAGAGGACCAUAUUUUAGACUGUGAACUCUGAUCUCUAACAUUGGCAAGUAAGGUAGUUGUUUAAAAAUACAAUCUGACCAGAUUUCUGCUUAGAAAGAUUGAACGAUUGUUUUUUUUUUUUUUUAUGUGAGUUUAGAAAAGUUCAAAAAGUUAGUCCAGGAAAUUUUAACUAGUGUAAUAGUCUGGAAAUGUGAGGGGAAAACCGUGAGUUCUUGGUACUGUCAAUGCCUUUAAUUAUGGGGUGUUUUGGUGAACUUUUUUUCUGAUGUAAUGAAUGACACAUUCUCUAUGAUUACAGAUAUUUUUUUUUUUUGAAAUUGUUCAGGUGUGUUUGAUUUCUCUGAGGCACAAAAAAGGUGCUGACAUGGUGAUAGCAGGCAUCCACUACCAAGUGUCCUUUAGCAAGACACCAGCUCAGUGGUAGUUUAGCUGAACCUGACCUGUGACCAAACCAAGCACAAUACUGUAAAUCAGUCUUGCAGUCAUAAGAAUUUUCAGUUUUAUUCAGCUUCCGUUUAAACAGAUGAUUUUGAAGAUG